AUGGUUGGACUUGAAGAGGAUUUCUCAAAGAGCUUCACGGGAUAUAAUGAAAGGCGUUUUCUCAAGCAAAUCCUCCUUGGCCAAGGAUUGUCCGUGUUAUUAUGUGGAACUGGAGUCACCAGUCAGUAUUUGGCAAAGGAAUUUGCUGUGGAAACUCCGAUGUUUCAGAGUUUUCUCAAUUAUUUGCUUCUGUGCCUGGUUUAUACGGGGAUACUGGCUUUCAGGCAGGGUGAAGAAAACUUAAUGCAGAUAUUGAAAACAAAAUGGUGGAAAUAUCUCCUACUGGGAUUAAUUGAUGUUGAAGCUAACUACAUGAUAGUCAAGGCUUAUCAGUAUACAACAUUAACAAGUGUUCAGCUUCUAGAUUGCUUUACUAUCCCUGUGGUGAUGUUUUUAUCCUGGUUUAUCUUACAUUCAAGAUACAAAGUUCUCCAUUUUGUGGCUAUAUCAAUCUGCCUGAUGGGUGUUGGGGUCAUGGUUGGUGCAGAUAUUCUGGCAGAAAGGGAGCAAGGCUCAGUUAAAAACAUAUUGCUGGGAGACCUCCUGGUCCUAGGAGGAGCCAUACUUUAUGGAUGUUCCAAUGUGUGUGAAGAAUACGUUGUGAAGAACCUUAGCAGAGUGGAAUUCCUGGGAAUGAUUGGCCUAUUUGGGACCUUCAUUAGCAGUAUACAGCUAGGCAUUGUAGAACAUAACACGAUUGCUGCCAUUAAUUGGAAUUGGGAAAUUGUGCUAUUGUUUAUUGCAUUCGCCGCUUGCAUGUUUGCAUUGUACAACUUAAUGCCGAUUGUGGUUAAAUUUACCAACGCUACCUCCAUCAACCUGGCCACCCUGACAGCCGACCUCUACAGCCUUCUCAUUGGGGUUUUCUUGUUCAACUACGAAUUCUCAGGACUGUAUUUCCUCGCAUUUGUGGCCAUUAUAUUUGGAUUUAUUUUAUACUCCUCCGUUCCAUUACCAACAGCCGAGAACCAAGAUCCUGUUCAAACUGUGUCCAGUCAAUUAGAUGUCACUGCUCAGGCAACUGAGGUCAGUGCUCAGGAACCUACAGUCAUACAGCAUGAAGAUCUCUAAUUAUUCUUGGUCUCAAAUGUUGUUAGAUUUCUUAAUGGUAUCAUAGUCAUAAUACUUAGGAAUACAUGGGUAUCAUAGCUUUAAUAGACAACAGGCAUAAUUGCCUUUAAGUAUUGUUGCCAGCAGAAAGUUAUUUAUUUUGGGGAUAAAAAUGGUAUUUUGCGCACACCAUAAACGAACCGUGCUCUUUAAUGCAAUUAAGUUAGCUGACUGCACACUUUUCUAAGUGUACAGGUUUAAUCCCAAUACUGUAGUUUUCAAAUGAAAGGAUACAUUACAAUGUAAAAAGUGGCAGAGGCCGAUUUGAAGAAUUGUUGUCAAAUGAUGGUGCUAUUGAUUUAAACUGUAAUACACCCUCAUUAUUUAUCGAGGGUUAUGCUUUAUACAAUGACAUGAUAAUUUCUUAGAUGUAAUAUAUUCCAAGCUUGUAUAAUAUCAUGCAUACGUCUGUGUUAAUAUUAAUUUUAAUACAAUACAAAAUUACAAUACAAAAUUAAUCAGGUUAAGUCUCCGAUUUUAUGCUUCAAAAAUGUAACAUUUGAUAUUUCAGAAUAAGGAAAUAAAGGUUCCUGUAAUUUAACCCAGUUGUUAUUGGCUGGGUGGGGGACAUAGAGCAGGCCAAAGCCUGCUGAGCGGAGGGAGCGGACAGGUUAGAAAGUAGGCGCUGAGACAUUGAAACACCUACAUUUUAUUGGGGUUUUUAACAGUUCCAAUAUAUUUUGCACCUGCACAACUGCCCCCAGUUGAGGUCAGCCCUCCUAAUUGUGUACUGUAAACUAUUUUAUCACUGAUCGUAGGUGACAGUUGAAAUUCGAACCCACAGCUCUGCUUUCUGAAAUAUUUCUGAAUACAAAAAGAACAAUUUACUGAGUAAAACCCAUACACCAUCCUCUGUAAUGCUCUACUGCUCCCUGGAGUCAUGAUGGCCCAUAUAGAACAAUUGUUGUUAUUGUUAACAAAAAAAUCUUUGUGGCAUACAGUGGCAGUAUUACAUCUGCAUUUGGUGCCUUGGGACAUCCUCCCAACAUGAAAGUUGCUAUACAAAUGUAAUUUGUUGUUGUUUUGUUAUUGUUGGAACAACUUGUAGUGUUUGAGCAGAAUUCUGUAAUUUUACAAAUUACAGAAGAGUCAGCAGGUUGAUGUCUGGUGAUACGAAAAAGAUUACAGUAAAGCCAACAGCAGUGGAAAUUUAGCUCUAAUAUAAUUUCUAACACCAGCUUAAACCUUGUUGAAUGAUAGCGUGAUUGCAAUCUUGAUGUAACGGCAGUAAUUCAGUAGUGCCUAUGAACAGACAUCAACCUUAACACCUACUUAUUAUGCUAAGGGAGAUAUUGUAUUAUCCUAAAUAUUCAUGUAAUCAUCUGGUGUAGUAAUGGGAACACCCAAAUGCUUAAAAGAGAAGGUCAGCAUUCUUGCAUUUAGUAUGUAGUCAUAGAGCUUUCAUUUGACAAAUGUACUCUUUCAGAAAUAUUUUGUUUUGACAUUACUGAGUACCACAGAGGGUUUGCAUGCUAUCCUUUGAUUCUGGGAUUUGAACUUGAUACUAGUUUGGGUUCAUCUCAAAGCUGGUUCCACAGACUUAAGCCCACAGUUCUGUGGAGAGCACACUUAAUGCACUGGUCAGUAACACUUCAGCUGCAUCCAACAUCAGACUUCAAGCCAGUUCUCAGCAAAGCACGUUUUCUAAUGUUGCUAAUGUACAUGUUUAAUCCGAAUGGUAUUGUUUUCAAAUUCAAUACAUAUUACAGUACAGAAACCAGCAGAGGCCUAUUAAAGGACUGACGUUAAGGAGCUGUUUAUUUGAACUACUGUAUAAUAUACUCUCAUCCUUUUAGAGAGAUAUGCUUCAUACAAUUACAAUAUCAUUUCUGAGAUAUAAUAUAUUCCAUCCUCAUAUAAUAGCAUGCAUCCUGCUGUGUUAAUAUUAAUGUUAAUCACUUUCGGUCUACAAUGUUAUGUUUGAAAAAUGUAACAUUUGAAAUUGUAGAAUUGGGAAAUAAAGGCUCCUGUAAUUUAA